CGCAUACAUCCACUCCUCACGUCAAAAGCAAUGGCCCUCGCCCAACCUCUCUACGCCGACCAGCACCGGCCUAUCCAGCACCAAUUUAACCCUUAUGCCGAGAACGGCGGUACGAUACUUGCUAUCGCUGGGAAGGACUUCUCGGUCAUCGCGGGUGAUACGAGGCAGACCGAGGGGUACAGUAUCCAGACGCGUUAUGCGCCCAAGGUGUUCAAGCUGACGGACAGGGCGGUGUUGGCGGUGAACGGGUUCCAGGCAGACUGCUCGACGUUCGUGAAGAAGGUUAAGCAGAGGAUAGAGUGGUACAGACAUGCGCACUCGAAGCAGAUGCCCCUCAAGGCCAUCGCGCGUAUGAUCCAGGGCAUGCUGUAUGGCAAGCGGUUUUUCCCUUACUACACGUACAACAUCCUGGGUGGGAUUGAGGAAGAUGGGACGGGUGCGGUAUACUCCUUCGAUCCGGUAGGGUCAUAUGAGCGGGAAGCAUGUCGCGCAGCAGGCGCUGCGUCGUCGCUUAUCCAACCCUUCCUGGACAACCAGAUCUACUUCAAGAACCAGACUCCUGCACCAGGCGCAGCACCCUUCGAGCCAGGCAACCUCCCCAUGGACACCGUCCUGUCCAUCGUGAUCGAUUCGUUCACGUCAGCGACGGAGCGGCAUAUCGAGGUCGGUGACGGGCUGGAGAUGUUUGUCGUCGUCGCACCGGGGAGGGACGUUGCUGGCGUGCAGUCGUUGGGUGCUGAGGAGCUGCCAGCGCUGACCCCUGAAGGAGAAAGGAUCUUUGUCCUCCGGCGAGACCUGAAGAAGGACUAGAGGGAGAUUAGGUCGUGGUUGGGACAACAGGAAUUGUAGGUUGGCAUCGUUAAGCGUUGUAGCGACGAUAUGAAUUGGCGGGUUCAAACCUGGCUUUAUCGUCUUCUUCCUGACACUAGCCAUACCGGAAAUGCACAUUUCUUACGA